AUGUCUUUAGCACCAUCUUUGAAAUGGGAAUCUUUAAAUUUGUCCGAACCUGUUCUAAAAACAAUCAAAGAACACUUCAAAUUUAAAUGCAUGACACCGAUACAGGUCGAAUCUAUAAAGAAUUUUUUAGAAAAAAAAAAAGAUGUAGCUGCAGAAGCAGUCACCGGUAGCGGAAAAACAUUGGCAUUUUUAGUGCCAAUGCUAGAAUUGAUUUUAAAACGCAGCGAUCCUUUGAAAAAGCAUGAAGUGGGAGGCCUUAUAAUAUCUCCUACUCGAGAAUUAGCUACCCAAACCAGUCAUGUAUUAGCUGAGUUUUUAAAGAAUAUAGAAGGUGUUACACAGAUGCUAACUUUAGGCGGCAGUCCAAUAGAAACUGAUGUCAAAGCAUUUAAUAAAAAUGGAGCAAAUAUUCUUGUAGCUACUCCUGGACGACUGGAAGAUUUAUUAACUAGAAAGAUACCCAAUUUUCAUUUACACAAAUCACUUAAAUCAUUGGAAAUGCUGGUGUUAGAUGAAGCUGAUAAGUUGUUAGAAUUAGGUUUUGAAAAGCCUAUAAAUACUGUUUUACAAUAUUUGCCUACACAGAGAAGAACAGGGUUGUUUUCAGCAACUCAAACCAAACAGGUAGCAAUGCUUGUUAAGGCAGGACUCAGAAAUCCUAUCAUGGUUAUUGUCAAGGAAAAACAUUGUUUGAACCCAAAAAGCAAUCAAAUUGAAUCUAUAUCUACACCUUUAGCAUUAAAAAAUUAUUAUACAAUAUGUGAUGCGGAUAAAAAGCUAGCAUUUUUAGUAACAUUUUUAAAAAAAAAUGGAUUAAAUUCAAAAUAUAUGUUGUUUUUGUCAACGUGUGCCUGUGUUGAAUACUUUUCAAUAAUUUUAAGAAGUUUGAUUCCUGAAAUAAAUUUAUUCAGCUUACACGGGAAAAUGAAUAAUAAACGUUACAGAAUAUUUGAGUUAUUUUGGAAAGCUGAAAGAGGUAUUUUGAUAUGUACAGAUGUAAUGGCCCGUGGUGUUGAUAUACCAGAAGUGAAUUGGGUGAUUCAAUAUGAUCCUCCUAAUAAUGCAUCUUCUUUUGUACAUCGUGCUGGUCGAACAGCUCGUGUAGGUAAAAGUGGAUCUUCCUUAGUUAUGUUAAUGCCAAAUGAAGAUGCCUACAUACAUUUUAUUUAUUCAAAUCAAAAGGUAAUAUUGGAAUUAAUGCCUGAAUUAGAAGUUGAAAAUUUGGAUCUUGUAGUAGAAAAAGUUAGAAAGCGUCAACUCAAAGAUAGAACAAUAUUUGAUAAAGCUAAUAAAGCAUUUGUGUCUUACAUUCAAGCUUAUUCAAAACAUGAAUGCCAUUUACUAUUACGUAUAAAAGAUUUAGAAUUUGGUAAACUUGCAACUGGCUUUGGUCUUUUAAGACUCCCAAAAAUGCCAGAAUUAAAAAAUAAGAAUACUAGUGAUUUUAUUCCUGUUGAUAUGGAUUUCAAUUCUAUUAAAUAUCAAAAUAAUGAAAGAGAAGAGUCCCGACAAAAAAAGUUACAAAAUUACAUGGAAACUGGAGUUUGGCUUGGAAUGAAACAUAAAAAAGGGUUGAAACAAACUGUUGCAUGGGCUGACGCCAAACAGAAAAAACUCGAAAGAAGAGAAAAACGUAGAAAGAAAAAAGAAAUACGAAAACAAAUGGAGAUAGAAGGAAAAGCUAAGGCAAAAAAAAGAAAAGAACAGGCCUUCAGUCAAGAUGAUUUGAACGAUUUAGCUAAAGAUAUUGCCUUAAUGAAAAAAUUUAAAAAUAAAAAGAUAUCUAAAGAACAAUUUGAUAUAGAAUUUGGAGAAGAUGUUUAA